AUGAACCCAAGAAUUGGAAUCGGAGUCUUUGUCCGCAAUGCCGAAGGCAAAUUCAUCAUCGGCAAACGUAAGGGCAGUCAUGGCGCUGGUACAUGGGCGCUCCCAGGUGGACACCUCGAGUUUGGUGAAUCCUUCGAAACCUGUGCAGUCCGCGAGACUCUCGAAGAGACAGGUCUCAACAUCACGGACGUGCAGUUCCUGACAGCCACGAAUUCCGUGAUGACAGCUGAGAAUAAGCACUACGUGACUAUUUUCAUGGGUGCGGUGUCCGAGGGAGAUAUUGAUCCACAGAUCCUGGAACCGGAGAAGUGCGAGGGUUGGGAAUGGAUCUCAUGGGAUGAACUGCGGGCGUUCGGAGAGGAGGAGCUGAAGACUGGUGUUGCGGUGGAGGGUCGGAAGCUGUUUAUGCCUCUCUUGGACUUGUAUACACAGUGUCCAGAGUUUAGACUAUGA